AUGGGGGGGGUAGGGGUCGAUGGGGGGACGACGGCGGCGGCGGCGGCGGCGCGCGGCGCGACGGCGCGCGCGUCCGAGAGCGAUGAUUCAGCCACGGAUGGGAGCUCGGCGUCGGUGAGCGCGGAGAAGAGGUCUCUUUUGGUCGACGCCGCGGAUGGAGUGGAGGCGUGGGAGGUUCGGGAGAAACGGCGUCGGAAGAGCGCGCGCGGGAAGCCGCCGAGAAAGUCAAAGGCGGGCGAGGACGUCGACGGGAACGCUCGGGAGGAGCCGUACGUGACGACGCCAGAGUUGGAGGACAGCGCGAGGGCGAGUCCGAGCGUGGUAGACGUGGGCGUGCUCACGGAGGAGGGUGAGAAAUCUAGGGAAAUACUCGGCGCGCGCGUCGUCGUGGGCGCCGCGCUCGCGCAGGGACAACGUCAAUACAUGGAGGAUAGGUACAGCACCGUGCUGGAUCUCAAGCCCGAGGGCGUGGUCGAGUGCGAUGGUAUCCGUCGUUCCUUCUUGGGCGUGUUCGACGGACAUAACGGCGAUUGGGCGGCGCAGUUUGCGAGCGAGCGCUUGCACACGUUUCUCAACCAGGACAUUCUGACGCGAAACGCGUCGCCAUCCUGCCCCGACGCGACCGCUCAGUACAACGCUGAGAUGGAAAAAUCAUUAAAGAAGAUGUACAUGGACUGCGAUGCGGUAAUCCUGGACUCGACGUCGCAGCAGGGGAGACGCGACGGGAGCACCGCGUUGAGCAUCUUGCAAGUGGGCAACGCCCUCUUCACCGCGCACGCCGGGGAUUCGCGCGCCGUCGUCGGCUACGCCGACGGCCGCACCCGCGCUAUGACGGAAGACCACAAGCCGUCCACCGUCACCGAACGUCGUCGCGUGACGGAGAUUGGAGGAAGGAUUGAGUUCUGCGGCUGCUGGCGCGUCAUCGCGGACCAUCCAUUCAAGCCGGUUCGCGCCGCCUUAGCCGUCUCGCGUUCGCUCGGCGACAUCGAUUUCAAGCGCCCAAAGGAUACCGGAGUCACAGCCGAGCCCGAUGUUCAACGUUACGAGCUCAAUAAGAAUGUCAACUUUGUCAUCCUCGCGACGGACGGCAUGUGGGAUGUCAUUCGCGACCAAGAGGCGGGAGACAUUGCUCGAGGCAAGCUCACCGAGCACGGUGUCUUGCUCGAUGGCGAGUGCACGACCUCGGACCUGACCGCCAUCGAGAGCGCGUGUAACGAAGCCGCCAAGGAGUUACUCGAAACAAGCUUGAGGAGGGGAACGAACGACAACGUGACGGUGGUUGUUGCGAUGUACGUUCACUAA